UAUCAAAAAAAAAAAAAAAAAAAAAGAAAGCAUAAAACACCAAUUAACUACCCACAACUCCACGACAUUGUCAUUUGCCCAGUUCUUCUUCUUCUUCUUCCUCCUCAAUUUCAACUCACAUCACACUCCCUGUUUCUCUCUUUCUCUCUCCUGAAAAUCCCAACAAAAUUCUUCGUUGAAUCAUUAAUGAUGUCAUAUGUAACCAAAACAAUUCUCAUAUUAUUCUUCACACUCUUCUUCUUCUUCACUUUUUCCAAUGCAUUUCAAGAUUUGGGCUCUUCUUCUUCCUUCCCAGGGGUGAUUAGUAAUAGUAGGAGGUCCAUUGCUGAAACUACUACAGAAGGCAAUUCAUUAACGGUAUUGGCUGCCAAGAACACUUACAGAAGGGACCCACUUAAUCAUUUCCGGCGCUACACUGGUGGUUGGAAUAUCACCGAUAAACAUUACUGGGCUUCUGUGUCUUUCACAGCAGCCCCAUUCUUCAUUGUUGCCGCAGUGUGGUGGGUGAUUUUUGGGUUGACUUUGUUAUGCACCUGCUUUUAUUUCUGCUGUUGUCGAAAAGCACCAUAUGGCUAUUCUCGAGUCUGCUAUGCUCUUUCACUCAUUCUCUUGGUACUUUUCACCAUUGCUGCUAUUAUCGGUUGCAUAUUUCUCUAUACUGGCCAGCAAAAAUUCCAUAAUAGUACGACAUCAACGUUGCGUUAUGUGGUAUAUCAAGCAAAUUUUACUGUUGAAAACCUUAACAAUGUCUCACGUUAUCUCGAUGAGGCAAAAAACAUUGGUGUGGGACAGACGAAGCUACCAGAAGAUCUCCAGAAUAAGAUCAGCAAUAUACAAACGAAGAUGAGUUCUGCUGCAAAUACUCUUGAUCAGAGAACCGAGGAAAACUCUAGGAGAAUUCGUCGGGUCUUAGAUUUAGUGAGGCUUGCCCUGAUUAUCCUUGCAGCAGUUAUGCUUUUACUGGCAUUUGUCGGAUUCUUGCUGUCAGUUUUCGGAGUGCAAUGUCUUGUGUAUACACUGGUCAUUGUUGGUUGGCUUCUGGUGACAUUAACGUUUAUCUUAUGUGGGGUUUUUCUUGUCCUCCACAAUGUGGUUGCAGAUACUUGUAUUUCCAUGGAUCAAUGGGUCCAAAACCCUACAGCCCACACAGCCUUGGAUGACAUCUUGCCUUGUGUUGACAAUGCAACUGCUCAAGAAACUUUGAUACGAUCCAAAGAAGUUACUAGUCAACUAGUCGGCUUGGUCAACUUGGUCAUUGGCAAUAUUGCUAACGCUAACGUCCCACCAAGUACUCCUCCGCCAUUAUACUUCAACCAAUCAGGUCCUUCUGUGCCUAAUCUUUGCAACCCAUUCAACUCUAAUCUGACUGAUCGCACAUGCAUGUCUGCUGAAGUGGACUUCACCAACGCAACCCAGGUGUGGAAGAAUUAUGUGUGCGAGUCUAGAAAAGUAAACAGCAACGAGAUAUGUACCACAAGAGGACGACUAACACCCACGAUAUACAGCCAGAUGAAUUCAGCAGAUACAGUGGGCUAUGCUUUGUAUCAUUACACACCAUUUUUGGUAGAUCUCCAAGACUGCACAUUUGUCCGCAGCACUUUCAGUGACUUCAGUGUCAACCACUGCCCUGGAUUGAGGAAAUAUACACAAUGGAUCUAUAUCGGUCUGGUGUUGGUGUCUGGUUCUGUUAUGUUUUCUCUGAUUUUCUGGGUUAUAUAUGCAAGGGAGCGAAGGCAUCGUGUCUAUACCAAGCAAUUCAUGGCUGGUCACUAAAAAGUAAAAACCCUUUCUUCUUCUUCUACAUUCUAGAUAGGAGGGGGAGGAAGAAGAAGAUAAUUGGAGUUUGAUUCAUGUUUUUUAUUCUUUUGUGUAUACAGAUGUAGUGUGCAAGAUGGACUUGUUUUUACAUGCCAUAUGUAUUUUCGGACCUAGAUUGGCAUUUAUAUGAGUAUAUUAUGUUAGAAGUAGGUAUGGUACAAAUGUUUCAUCAUAUCCUGUUACUGCAGUUUUGUGCUGUAUAACUGUACGAGGCUUUGUAUUAAGACGGAGACGUUCCUAUGGGAUUGUACUAGGGAGAAUUAGCUGCAAAUCCUCAUCUCUCUUAUGUUUCAACUCUUUA